AGGCACAUCUUUUGUGCGUGGGAGCAUGAGCGCCUGGUUUUUGGCUUCAUUUCAGCGCGCAAGUUGACGCUGCUGCUGACGCCGCCGCUCCGCCAUCUUCAACUUCCUAUUGUUUGCAUCAGACUGAGCCUGACUGCGCUGUGUGAGUGUGUAUGUAUGUGUGCGAGAGAGAGAGAGGGAGAGAGCGAGCAGAAAGGGCCAUCGAUCUGUCAUCAAACAUUUGAUUUGGUUUGUACAUUCGCGGCCACACGAAUUAAGGACACUUUAUAUGUCACUGGAUUAAAGACAUCUCAGGACGCGACCACUAAACCUUGAUGAUGGAGGACGAUCUACCCAGAACCUUGUAUGUGGGGAAUCUGUCCAGGGAGGUGACUGAGCCCCUCAUCCUACAGGUCUUCACACAGAUUGGACCCUGCAAGAGCUGUAAAAUGAUAGUAGAUGCAGCUGGAAAUGAUCCGUACUGCUUUGUGGAGUUCUAUGAUCACAGGCAUGCUGCUGCCUCAUUGGCAGCUAUAAAUGGAAGGAAAAUAAUGGGUAAGGAGGUCAAAGUAAACUGGGCCACAACACCAACCAGCCAGAAAAAAGACACCAGUAAUCACUUUCAUGUCUUUGUUGGAGACCUCAGCCCAGAAAUAACAACAGAAGAUGUCAAAACUGCCUUCGGCCCCUUUGGCAGGAUAUCAGAUGCUCGUGUUGUGAAAGAUAUGGCUACGGGGAAAUCUAAAGGCUAUGGCUUUGUGUCUUUCUUCAACAAAUGGGAUGCAGAGAAUGCUAUUCAGCAGAUGGGGGGUCAGUGGUUAGGGGGAAGACAGAUUCGAACUAACUGGGCCACAAGAAAGCCCCCCGCCCCAAAGGCCACAUAUGAAAGUAACUCCAAGCACCUUUCCUUUGAUGAAGUAGUCAAUCAGUCCAGUCCCAGCAACUGUACUGUAUAUUGUGGCGGAGUCAGCUCAGGCCUGACAGAACAACUGAUGAGACAGACUUUCUCUGCCUUUGGACAAAUCAUGGAAAUCAGAGUUUUCCCGGAUAAAGGCUAUUCAUUUGUGAGGUUUAACUCCCACGAGUCAGCAGCCCAUGCUAUUGUGUCAGUGAAUGGCACUUCAAUAGAGGGACACAUAGUUAAAUGCUACUGGGGUAAAGAGACCCCGGACAUGAUGAACCCCAUGCAGCAGAUGCCAAUGCCUCAGCAGAGCAAGAUGAGCUUCGCUGCCGCCGCCCAGCCCUAUGGCCAGUGGGGCCAGUGGUACGGCAACGGGCCCCAGAUUAGCCAGUAUGUCCCGAACGGGUGGCAGGUCCCCGCCUACGGCGUCUACAGCCACAGCCAGGCCUGGAACCAGCAGGGCUUCAAUCACUUACCGGCCAGUGCUGGGUGGACUGGCAUGAGCGCCAUCAGUAACGGUGGGGUUAUGGAGCCUACACAGGGAUUGAAUGGGAGUAUGCUAGCCAACCAGCCUGGUAUGGGAGCCACGGGAUACCCCACACACUGAUAAGUGGGCAGGGUGUGAGAUUUGUCAACCAUCAGCCUCUUAUUGGCUGUACGGUGCCCUGCUGGGCUGUGUAACACCGCCUCCAUUUGUGGCAGGACUAAGACUUUAACUGGGAUGUGGAACCUAAUGACGUCUAAGGAGAUGUAAAUUGGAUUUCAUUGGGGGGGUUGAGGUAACAGGAACCAGGGAGGAGCGAUUUGACCCACACAGGUAUUCACACCCUUUGUGGGAAGCAAGACUGGCCAAGAACCAGGGCUCUUACCAUUUUUAAGUUAACUGUAAAUGAGUAUAAAACUGUAAAGGAGAAACGUUUGGAUUUUUUUUUUUUUUUCCUGGCUUUUACAAAUUGCUGCCAUGUUCACAUCUCAGACACCGAGAGGUUUGUCUUGUUUUUGUUUUUAAAGAAGAAACAGAAUUGUGCUAAGUUAUGAUGAUCCUUAGUUAUUGUUUGAGGAAUGGAAAUCCGUUUCAUUUGUUUUCAUUUUCUCUUGGAUUAAAAUCAAGUGCAGGGAUUGUUGCCACUGCUGUUUCUCUGUAAGGGCAGAUAAAUAUUGCACACUUUUUUCUUCUCUUGUAAACGGACAAAUUUGACAACCAAGAGUUUGCUUUUCUUUUUGCAUUCUGUUUCUCCUCCAUAUCUUUCAGACAGCCUCAAAUCCUUUCGCCGCCUGUAAAUAACCAUCCGUUCGUUCAUUCAUUUGAAACUGUGUAAGUAAAAUGCUACUGUUAACUGUGGGUGCUUGCUUUUUCUUUUUUUGUUUUGUUUUGAUAACUCGACAGUUAACGCCAACGUUGUACGUCGCAGAGUGGCACCGUGAGAAGUGACACUGGCGCAGUGCAACACACGCGAUUCUUCCAUGCAGGGAUAAGACAGCAUUGCCAUGCAGUGCAUACUUAAAAUGUAACACAGUUCAAAUGUUAAAGGGUGAACAUGUUUGACACUUGUGAUGUUUUUUUAAAUAUCUACUGAAACACCGGUGUUUUAUAUCAAAAUCUUAAGUGGAUUCAACCUUUACACUUGCUCUUUUUUGCCAGAGAAAUGGAGAGGCCAUUGUAACCGUUGCCUUAUAGAGCUGGUUUCUUUUAGCUGACAAGAUCCUCUUUUUAAUUAGGCAGUGCCUACAGACAUUUUCAGACCCUUUUGUUUAGAAAGGUGUUAGCCCCGAGAACUGAUGACUCUGCUACUGUAAUCAAUGUUUUCUUGCUUUGUCCAAUUAAAAUGCUAAUGCACAUAAAAAAAAAA